GGAACAGCGACAACAAAACACAUUAAACAGACAUCGAGUUCUGUCUGAAUCUCCCCCAAAACCCGUUAAUCACUUCAGUCUAGACGAUCGAGAUCCUCCAAAACAAUGGAAACCAGAGAACCAGAGGUUAUCAGAGACAAAGAAGCAAUGAGAAGAUGGUCAAGAAGCAUGAGAUCGCAAGGCAAGACCAUCGGCUUAGUCCCCACGAUGGGUUUCCUCCACGAAGGCCACUUAUCCCUCGUCCGUCAAUCCCUCACCCUCUCCCACGUCACCGUCGUCUCAAUCUACGUCAACCCUGGCCAGUUCUCCCCCACCGAGGACCUCUCUACUUACCCUUCUGAUUUCUCCGGCGAUCUCGCAAAACUCUCCGCCGUUUCCUCCUCCGGUUCCGGCGUAAUCGUCGUGUUCAACCCGAGAAACCUCUACGACUACGACGACGGGAGGAAGAAGGAGACAAGCGGCGGCGAUGGUGGAGGUGGGAAGGUGGUGAGUUGUGUGGAGGAAGGUGGGUUAGGGCACGAGACGUGGGUUAGAGUUGAGAGGUUGGAGAAAGGUUUGUGUGGGAAGAGUAGGCCUGUUUUUUUUAGAGGUGUUGCCACUAUUGUUACUAAGCUUUUUAAUAUUGUUGAGCCUGAUGUUGCUAUGUUUGGUAAAAAGGAUUAUCAGCAAUGGAGGCUUAUCAAGAGAAUGGUUCGAGAUCUUGAUUUUGGGAUUGAGAUAGUGGGGUCAGAUAUAGCUAGAGAAAAAGAUGGGCUUGCUAUGAGUUCUAGGAAUGUUCAUCUUUCAAGUGAAGAAAGGCAAAGGGCGUUGUCUAUAAGUAGAUCACUAGCCAUGGCUAAAGCUUAUGCAGAACAAGGGCAAACCAGUUGUUCAAAGCUUAAGGAUAUGAUAAUUUCAGAGAUUGUUGGAGCUGCAGGAAAAAUCGAUUAUGUCGAGAUUGUUGAUCAAGAAACUCUGGAAGGAGUGGAAGAGAUAAAGAGUGGAGUAGUGAUUUGUGUUGCUACUUGGUUUGGAUCGGUUAGGCUCAUAGACAAUAUUGAGAUCAAUGUCACAGUCUAGUUCCCAUUUUCCGCAUUAAAUUUUAUCAAGUUGACAAAAACUUGGAAGCUUGAUUGACAAUUAUGCAUAUCUGAAGCCUUGGGGAGAAUCAACUUAAACUAUCAGCUUUGCAAUAUUUGUGUCACACGUCUCCAUAUCAAAACCUGAGUGUGUUGGAGUUUUGAUUUUAAACUAAUUUUUUUUUUUUGUUAUACUAUACAAGUUGUUCACGCUUACAUGAUCUAUCUACAACGUUAAACCAUGAGUUACCGAAUGAAUGAGAAUCCAC